AUGUCAACGCCUCGAAGCUCUGCCUAUCUCGAUGCCGUCACUCUAGAAAUCGAGAAGAAGCUCCAGCGGGCGCUAGCUUCUCCGACACAGCGGCGCAACUUGUUGCAGGAGUUGUUUGCUGACAUAGCUUUGGAGAUCGAUGAGCGAGCCAAAGAUAUGAUUCUCAGCAGGGAAGAAGAUGCAAUUUCUCCUGCAGAGGAUAGCAUGGAUGGUCAGCUAUGCUUUUAUGAUGUGCUCACUGACCAUUAUGUUCAGGUGCCUGCGAGUGGAAAACGCAUCCUUGAUUUGAUUGUCCAACUAUGGAGCCAGUCAUUUGCAUCUCAUAUUUUUGCUUUGUUAUUCCACAAAUGGCUGUUUGAAGUUCAACUUGACAACUCUGAAGUUCUUCUUCGUUACUCAUCUGCUCUUAUUGAAGGUGCAACAAAUGUUUUCUGGAUUGAUACUCAAUCAAAUACAAGGCGAUUUCAAUCCCUCUUUCGUUAUCUUCUUGAAGAUGUUGCUUUGGAGCCCAAACGGUUGAAUAAAAUCCCUGUACAGGUCCAGCGAGAUCUAUUUCUUUUACUUUCGAGGUUUAUAUUUUUUUAUAACUCAGUUGACAAACUCGGGAGCUUCUUAAGGCAAUUUCCUCUUUUUCCAAAUGCUUUUCUGGUUGGUGGUGCAGAAGACUUCUUUGUUAUUGAACUUGCAGAUCAGCUUCAAAAACUGAAGGUGGAACCAGUAUUGCUGCACUAUCUGUCGCACAUAAAACUUCUCCAGGGAAUGGAUCUGAGAAUGGCCACAAGUACAAGAUUAAAGGCUUGUUUGUAUAGUUUCACUUCUCCUGGUGGUCCAAUGUACCCCACAAGAGCUGUUCGUCAUGCUGCCUGGGAUGCAUUAGAUUUGCUUUUUCCCGUUGGGAGAUAUCCGCGGCAUCUUAUAAGCCUGUUCUUCCGACUGUUGUAUCCAUGGUACUGGCCCUCUUCUUGUUGGAAUUUCAUAAUGGAUUGCAUAAAGGCAGUAUUGUAUUCUCUGUUAGGAUUAAUCUAUUCAAGUUUGGAGAAGCUGAGGAAGCCGAAGUUUUAA